AUGCAGCUCAUCAACCUUUUUUGCCUUGCCCUCGCCGGCCUGGUAGCCGCCAGUCCGGUGCAGAAGGAGCUUGCCGAGCGGCAGAACCAGAAGAUCAGGAUCAUGCCCCUCGGUGACAGCAUCACCGAAAUCACCUGCUGGCGUGCCUUCGUUUGGGACCAGCUGGCCGACGCGGGUCUGGCCGACAAGGUCGACUACGUCGGCUCGCAGUACAGCAACCCGCAGAAUUGCCAGCCCAAGACAUUUAACUGGGACCAAAGCCACGAGGGUCACUCGGGCUGGCUGGCCAUCGACAUCGCCAACAGUUAUCUCGAGGGCUGGCUGCGCAACACGCCUGCCGACAUCGUCAUGUUCAUGCUCGGCACGAACGAUGUUUUCCGUGGCAGAAGCACGAACGAUAUCAUUGCCGCGUACACCAAGAUGGUUAAUAUCAUGCGUGCGGCGAACCCGAAGAUGAAGAUCAUCGUCGACCUCGUCAUUCCCCUCUCCUUCGGCAACCAGGGCAUCGAGCAGCUCAACGCGCGUAUCCCCGAGUGGGCGCGCAGCAUGAACAGCACCGAGUCUCCCAUCGUCAUCGCCGACUGCUACACUGGCUUCAACGCGUGGUCCGACCUGCGCGAUGGUGUACACCCGUCGCUGAGCGGCGACCGGAUCAUUGCUGAUCGUGUUGGGCCUCUGCUGCUGGAAUACGUUCGUCAGGCGCUUGACGGGAGGUAA